CCUUAUCUUCUUUUACUUCACACAUACACUCUCUUUCUCACUCUUCCCAGCCAGCUCUCCUUUCUCGGUCUGAAGCCUCCGGCGAAACGUCACCGGUGUCCGAAUUCAUCACAAUGGUGGAUAAAGUCUCGGAGUUUAGUCAGGAUCAAGAAGAAAGGUUUUUGUACUAUGUAUCUGUUGCAGAGGAGUUGGCGAAAGAGUUGAGUUCUUCAAAUGGGAAAUUGAAAUCACUUAUCGAUGACUUGAGAAAUGAAGUGGAUUCUAUCAGGACUUUCAGGAAUGAACAUUCUACGGAAUACCAGAAGCUUCUGAUGGAAGAGGAGCAGAUGGCAGAAGAAUUGAAGCUGUGUCUGGAAAUUGGAAAGGACAGGUUCCAAUCACAAGCUUAUGAACCAACUUUUGUUGGGUCAAUCAAAGAAGUGCAUUGUACCGACUUUCAGAGGUCCUCCUUUGAUGAAAAAUGCAUAGAGUCCAUUAAGCUUCUGAUGGAUGAGAAGCAGAAGGCAGAGGAGUCUUUGAAAAUUGAAAAGGAGAUGACGCGAUCCCAGGCUAAUGAACUGGCUUCCCUUAGAUCUGCCUUAAAUGAAAAGUGCACCGAGUGGCAGGAGCUUCUAAGGGAAGAGAAGGUGAAGGCAGAGAAGUUAAUGCUACUUUUGGAAAUUGAAAAGGAGAGAACACAGGCUGAUGAACUGGCUUCUAUUAGAUCCAUCUUUGAUGAAAAAUGCGUCGAGUACCAGAAGCUUCUAAUGGAUGAAAGGCAGAAGGUAGAGGAUUCAAUGCGACUAUUGAAAAUUCAAAAGGUGAUAACGCAAUCAGAAGCUAAUCAACUGGCUUUCAGAUCUGCCACAGAUGAAUUUUUUAGGAAAGAAAACCAGGCUUCUAAAAAACUUUUGGAAGUUUUAGAGGCAGAAUUGAAGGAUGUGAAGAACAGAGAACUGUGUACUUGUGGUCAAGUCUCAGGAGCAACAAACAAACGCAAAAGAGAGAAGAACGAGAAAGAGGAGGAAGCUAACAAUGAACAGUAGCAGAGGUGAUUAGGUGGCAUGUCGUGAACUAUGUCCCAAGAGAUUCAGAAUUUUGGUUUGAGUGAACCUAUAUGAUUUUAUUUAGCGUAUCUGAGAACUAUGUUAAAAUCUGAGACUCAUACUCUGAGUGGGUGGUUUUAAUCGAUUAUGUUAUCUGAGGUGUUUAAUACACAGUUUUCGGGGUUUUACAAUGAAAUUGACCACACUAGUGCAUGAUGUAUUUAGUUUGUGUAUUUGAGUCAACCGCACAAAUUCAGUACAAAGUGU